CGCCCAAAAACACUUGUCCAUUCGCGCCUCAGCGGAAGCCAAACAGGGCGUCGCUUUUAGAGUACAGAGUCACUAAUUCCUAGAUUUGCUUAAGCAUAGUUAUAAUGGGUGAGGAGGGCGAGGCGGGGCCAGGACCGAGCAGCCAAGCAGCGGCAGCAGUCGAGGAGGAGGAGAAGGCCGCUGCGCCUCUGGAGCGACCACCACCAGAGGAGCUUGACCCUGACGACUUGCUUAAUGCCUUCUUCUCCGACCUCAAAGAGGUCGACCGUGAUAAUGAGGUCAACCGAAUCCUUUGGGCCUUCAAGCUCAAUCCGUUUGAGAAGCUGAACCUGCAUUUUGACGCCACGCCAGAGGAAAUCAAGAAGCAGUUCCGCAAGCUGUCCCUCAUGGUUCACCCAGACAAGUGCAAGCACCCGCAGGCGUCCACAGCGUUUGACAUCCUGGGCGAGGCGCAGAAGGAGCUCCUGGACGAUGAGAAGCGGGAAAACCUGCUCAAGUUCCUGGAGAUGGCCAAAGACGAGGUGCGCAAGGAGCGCAAGAAGGAGACCAAGCACGACAACAUUGUGCGGGUGGCCUCGCUGCUGCACGAGGACGGGAGAGAUGGCCUGGAGGCGGAGUGGGAGAAGUCGGACGAGUUCCAUGAGCGCUGGAAAAUGAAGUCGCGGGACGUCCUGGCGCGCAGCGAGUGGCGCAAGCGCAAGCUGGGCAAGCGGCUAAAAGAGGAGACGCUGCGGAUUGAGGAGAAGGAGAAGGACGCCAAGGAGCGGCACAAGGCCAAGAAGGAGCACGAACAGAACUGGGAGAAGAACCGCGACCAGCGCGUCACGGGCUGGCACGACUACCUGAAGGGCGGCGGCAACAAGAAGAGCACGGGCAUGCUCAAGCCGCCCAAGCUCAAGACCAAUGACGACGACAAGCUGUACGUGCAGCGGCCGGCGGGCGAGCAGUUCCGGCCGCAAGUCAAGUCGGCAGGCCCCAAGAAGGACUGAGCUGCGCGGCUGGCCAGGCACGCGGCUGUGGCGUGGCAUUGAAGCGGUCGCAGUGGAUGGGGCUAGAAGCUGGGUGCCCAAGGCGAUCCGUGGUGGUCUUAAUGCGAUGGGACAAAGUAAGGGGCAGGUUGGCGCAGCCCCGUACUGUGCAACGUAUUUCCAGACCCUGCCAAGCAGUUUGGUGGUGAGUGGUCAGUUUGGUGCCGGGCGGGCAAGCAGCUGCAGGUGGCUGGUGCAAACAUGAGGAGUGGAGGAGCACUCGAAUUGGAGAGGCGGCGUCCCGUCUCAAAAAAGCAUGUGGCGUUUGAAGGAUGGCCUUGGAAUGUAACAGGCUGAUAUU